AUGGUCAACUUUAGACCUGCCACAUUCGUUCGCAAACGCAAGUUCGAAUCGGACGAUGAAGACUAUUCGCACCUGCCGACCAUUUAUGUGAAGAGGGCGAAGCCCUCAGUGCCAAAGACCCAGCCACUGCCAGCUGGACGUUACGUUCUGAGAUUUCAGAAACAAUUCCUCGCCGAGGUGGUAGUAGGUCCCGCGGCGCGCGCUCCUUCGCCGCCACCGCCUCCUUCACCUUCUCCGCCGCCUCCUCCUUCACCUUCGCCGCCGCCGCCGCCGCCUCCUCCUCCUCCUUCGCCUUCUCCCCCGCUUCCUCUUUUUCUUCCUAGCCCUACACCCAGUCCCGGUCCCAACCGUUCGGCGUUUGGCUAUCCGCGGCUGCUGUUGCGCCGCGACCGAUGGAUGGACGACUUGUGA